AAAUCUAUUUGCUACUUGCUAGUCAGUAGUCAGUACUCGAAUUAAGUAUUAUAACAUUUGGUCGAUACGUACUUCCUGUGUUUAUUUAUUAUUCGAAAAGUGUUCACUGAAAGAAUUAAUAAUAAGAUAUAAAUAUAUAAUAAUGUUAAACCAAAAGAAUUUCAUAAAACUUUGAAAUUGUAUUUCUAACAGCGAUAAAAAGUAAAUUAAUAUGCCAUCUUUUAGGCAGAAAUUCUCUGGGUUCUUUAGGCAAUUUUCAGCGCCAUCAGAGUCCAGGAAUGACGAGAAUGCUUCGAAUCGUUUCAUUAAAAAAUAUCUUACUGGCCAUGAAGUCCAAAAAUAUGAACCAAUUAUCUUGCACGGGAGAACUCCGCAGGAAGUGCCACCCCAACAAUUAGGUCGCAUUAAAAGUUACGAAGUGGUAUCAUCAUUAACUGGACCACACGGUGGCCUUAUUUCUGUAAAUCAAACAGAAAAACAUUUGUCAGCAAGUGACCCAGAAAUUAAUUUUAUUGAUAACCUUGAAGACGAUAGCCAUAAUGGGGAAAAGAAAGCUAGUGUGUCUACUAAUGAUUCAACCGAUGAAACUUCGAAUGUAGAGUCUAAACAAAAUAUUUUAAAAAAGCUUAGACAUCCAUUGGUAGCUGGUGUUGAGAAUUGGAAUGUUCCACACACUAAUGCAUAUGGUGCCAGUUGUUCUUUAUAUGAAGUGCAUCCCAUAACACAUCGUCAUACGGGUGACCCAAUUGCUGACUGUUUUGCUAUUGUAACCAGAGCGAAUUCUGCAAUAAUGGUGUUGGCAGAUGGUGUUAACUGGGGUGUCAAGUCAAGGACUGCAGCUAGAUCUGCUGUCCAUGGUUGUGUUGACUAUUUAAACAAAACUAUAUUUACAGCAGAAAAAGAAUCGCCUAAAAACACUACAGAUGUUCUUGUAACUUUACUGAGAUCCUUCCACGCUGCCCAUAAUAUGAUACUACAAGAAGAAGGAACUUUGACUACGCUUACAGCAAUUGUAGUACUUCCUUCUACUGUUGAUAAUCAUUACGUAGCUUGUUGUUGUAAUGUUGGUGACAGUUUGGGUUAUGUGUAUAGUUCCAAGUAUGGUGUGAGAGAACUUACUCAAGGCUCACAUGAUGUUCACAGAAUGAGAGACAUGAGGGAUGUCAUGGGAGCUUUAGGUCCUGUUGAUGGACAUAAUCCAGAAUUGUCAAAUUUGACUUUGUCCAUAACACAAGUUGAUUUGGAUGAUAUAGUUUUUAUUACCUCUGAUGGUGUAUCAGAUAAUUUAGAUCCUGUGGUUGGCCAUUUCACUGGACUUCCCAGCGUUGAAGCAUAUCAAAGACACAAGCUUUCUCUUUUAAGAACAGAAGAUUUGAUUCGCAAUGGAGUGUCUGGCAAGGGACCAGCAGUAGAUACAGCCAAAGAUUUAGUAACACUGUUGUUGGACUUUGUAACCAGGUUAACUGCAGCUAAACGUCGUAUAUUAGAAGAUAUGGAAAUAUAUGCAGACGCUAAUGGAAAACCCUUGGCUCAAGGAGAAGUCAGACAAAAAAGAAAGGAAAUUAUUAGAAAAAUGUUUGGUGUGCCAGGUAAGUUAGAUCAUGCUACAGUUGUUGCAUUCAAAAUAAAUUCCGGCAAAUAGAAGUUCUUAAAGAAAUUAAAUCUAUUUUUUUGUUUUUUUUUUAUAUGUUGUUUUAUUGUUUGAUUUAAUGAUUUGUUAUUUUUUUAUUGAGAAAAUUGGUUUUAGAAAUUAUUAAGUACCUGUGCAGUUAUUAUUAAAGAUUAUUAAACAUACUUUCUAGUGACUGUAUACAGACAAGAUUACAUGAUAUAGAAAUAUUAUCUUAUUAAAAUAAACCUCUAUGAGAUAUUUAUCUUGUUUAUACUUAAAUUACAUCUUUAUUUAAGCUUAGUGAUUUACCAAAUAUCUAUUAGUGCAAUAUUGUUUCCGUCCAAUGGAUUG